GCGUCAGUAAUAUCGUGUCCACUGGUGUUCAGGAUUGAUGUUGCACUGGCAACCAACAAAAAAAAAAAGUUUAUUUUUGCAUUCCUUAAUUUAAAAUAUUUUUUCACAAUGACAUAUACAAGGAUUCCCGCCGAAUGAUUUUUAAUAUGAAAAUUGACAAAUUUGUUAUUUUUGUUGUAAAAUCCAAAAAGGCAAUAUAAUUUCAUUGAAUGACUGCUACAUCUUCGUUUUAUUUUUUUGCUGACCAAAGAUUUUGGCCAUUUGGUCCUUUGAGUCGGAUUAAUGUUAUCGGCAAAAAUAUGUAGUGGAACACUAUUGUACGCGUAAAUAUAAUUGUGGCAACAAAUAACGUUGUCGGGCUUCAGACCGCUAAUCAGAGAUGGUUAAGGAAAGAACGGUCAAGAAGAGGAGCGUUACAGAGUGAGGUAUUCGGCGGCCGGGAGUUCGAUUCCCGGAGGAAGUAAUUGGAUGUACUUACGUGCGGCGCAAGGAAGCCAAACUGUUUGGAUUCAAGUUUGGUUGUGAGCUGAGGUUGCAACGAGCUAAGCAUUAGUGAGUGCAAGUGAAAUGUUGUAAGUACAAUUGAUUUAAGUAUUUAUUUUUCAACGGAAGUCCAAGAAGUGCUAAAAUUUGUAGACAAGAAGUGUUAAUAAUUGCUAACGUAUAGCGUGUCGGAUUUUGGCGUGAUUUUCCAUAAAAAUAAACAUUUGGACAAAAAAGGUGCUUGGACGUUGUAUAAUACUUAUAAGUAUUUAGUGUCUGCCUACCAAUAUAUAAUAUUUUACUUUGUGUUUUGUAAGAUAUAGGUAGCUAGCUAUAAAGCUGUCAUAACUACUAUUUAAAUUGUAUAUAUAUAAAGUUUUUUGAGUGCAUUUGUGUGUGUGCAUUGCCUUUACGAACUUUAAUUUGUUUUUUUAUUUAAUUUUACAAUUUCUAAGUAAAAAUGGAGUCCUUAUUGGCGCUUCAAAAUGAUAUCAAAAACAAAAUCUGCAGAGGCAAAAUUAAUUAUAAAAAAAGCCCUAAGGACCGUAUCACAAUACCCUACUUAGAAAUCAGGUUGGAACAAUUAGAGCAGCAGUGGGCACAGUUCCACAGCACACACACUAAUUUAAUAUCUACAGUUAAGGAGUCUGAAUUGCAAAAUUCUGAUUAUUAUAAAAAUAGUAUUUAUGACGAGGUUGAGGAUCAGUACAUUGAAUACAAAACUGAGUUAAAACAGGCAUUAUUUCAAAUAACCCGAUGUACAGGGACAAUUACCCAACUAGAAUGUGGCAAUAGCGGUAACUCAAAUACUAAGGUAAAGCUGAAGUUACCCGAAAUAAAAAUACCCAUUUUUACGGGAAAAUACACUGAGUGGCAGACGUUCCGCGACCUGUUUCUAGGACUGGUUCAUAAUAAUAAUUCCUUAGACGAUGCACAGAAAUUUUAUUAUUUAAAAGGGCAUUUGAAAGGGGAUGCGGAACAGCUGCUACGCAAUGUACAAGUUACAGCCGACAGUUACUCCUGUAGUUGGGAAAAAUUGGAACGCAUGUAUAAUAAUAAAAAAUAUUUAGCUAGUGGCAUAUUAAACCGUUUAUUAAAUCAGAAAGCAUUAAUUAAUGAAUCAUCUUGUGAUAUUAAAAACUUGGUCAGUACUACAUCCGAUUGCUUGGCAUCCAUGAAAAAUUUAGGUGUAGAUGUAGCAAGUUGGGACAUAUUAGUUAUACAUAUAAUUAGUCAGAAACUCGAUAAAGACACUCGGAAGGCCUGGGAAUUGAAAGUGUCGUCAGAUCCCUCUGAUGCCCUACCUACUUAUGAACAGUUUGUUGAGUUUUUGACCGGGCGUUUCCGAGGUUUAGAGUCUUUGGAGCUUAGGUCUAAACCGCAACAUGUCCAUAAAAGUACAUCUCUUCAUGUCAGAGAAAUCAAAGAAUUUAAUUGUCCGUAUUGUACUGAAAACCAUAAGCUAAGUGUAUGUAAAAAGUUUAGUAAAAUACCUGUUGAUUCUCGUCGUAAUUUUGUACAGGAAAAAGGUUUUUGUUUCCGUUGUUUACGAGGAAACCACGCUGCCAAGUUUUGUAAAUCUAUGCAUAAAUGUCACAUUUGUAAAAGUCGACAUAAUUCAUUACUACACCCUAGCGUUGGUUCCGGUUCUUCUAUAAAUACUGCCAAUAUUGAUACCAGUAAAGAGAAGUCAUCCAAAGUAAGUACAGUCCAUUGCAAUGAAGGUAUAAUUGGUAGUAAUAUUGGUACUGCCCAAACAACGGAUACUGCUCAGCCACUGGUUUCUUGUGUUUCAACAGGUAGUAAAAAGACAGUUUUAUUAGCCACAGCAGUGGUUAAGGCUCAAUCAAGAGAUGGAUCUUAUAGAUUAAUUAGAUCUUUAAUGGAUCAAGGCUCACAGGGUUCCUUUAUCACCGAGGCGAUGGUUCAAUAUUUAGGUCUGAAGAAAGUUCCUUCAGAGCACCUCAUUACAGGGGUAGGUGGUGAUAAAAAUAUUAAAUCUAAGUGUACUGUUACACUUGUGAUUCAUUCGAGGAUUGAUCCUAAUUUUGAAGUGAAGAUUAAUGCUCAUGUACUCCAGUCUAUUACAUCAUUACUUCCAGUUACAACAGUAACGAAGCUUGAAUGGAUUAAUUGUAUUAAGGUAGAAUUGGCAGAUCCCGAUUAUUAUAAACCAAACAAAAUUGACUUAUUAUUAGGAGCUGAGAUAUAUAGUCAAGUUCUUAAAGAUGGUGUGAAGCGAAGUCCUGAUGGAUCACUAGUAGCUCAGGACACUUCCUUCGGGUGGAUUUUAUCAGGUUUAAUAAAUACUGAUACCAGUUCAAAUAUUAUUUCACAUAUUGCUGUUAUGCAUUCAAAUGUUGAAACUGAAGAUAUUCUAAAGAAAUUUUGGGAACUGGAAGCAGAACCUGCAAAAAAGAAGAUAUUUUCAGAGGAAGAAGUAAAAUGUGAAGAAUUAUUUACAAACACUACACGGCGCGACAGUAAUGGUCGUUAUAUAGUUCGUUUACCUUUUCGAAAUUCUGAUCCAGUUUGCAAGUAUGGGGAAUCUAGGUUGAUAGCACUGAAGCGGUUGAACAAUUUAGAAUGUAAACUUUCAAAGAAUAAGAAAUUGAAGGACGAGUAUACUAAAGUUAUCCAUGAAUAUUUAGAACUGGGACAUAUGCAGAAAGUGCCUAAAGAAGAUGAAAAUAAUAAGAAUGCAGUUUACUUGCCUCAUCAUGCAGUAGUCAGGGAGGAUAAGGACACUUCAAAGGUAAGGGUUGUGUAUGACGCGUCCUGCAAAGGAAGAAAUGGAGUAUCGCUAAAUGAUGAAUUGAUGGUUGGUCCACAGUUACAAGCCGAGCUUCGCCAUUUGAUAAUGCGUUGGAGAAUGCAUAAGAUAAGCAUAGUUGCAGAUAUAAUUAAGAUGUAUCGGCAAGUUUUAGUAGACAGAAGAGAUACAGUCUUUCAACGUAUACUCUGGAGGGAUAAGCCUAACAAUGACCUAGAAGAAUAUGAGCUGAUUACAGUUACCUUUGGAACUGCUUCAGCGCCAUUUUUAGCAGUACGUGUGUUGCAUCAGGUAGCUGACGAUGAAGCCAUGAAUAAUGCUAUAGCCUUAAAAAUAAAAAAUGAUUUUUAUAUGGAUGAUUUAAUGACUGGUGCCGAAAAUGUAAAUAAUUGUUACGAGAUUUAUGAACAAAUGAAAGAUGUUUUAGGAAAGGCCGGAUUUCAAUUGCAAAAAUGGAUUAGUAAUAGUGAAGAAUUGUUAAAUAGAAUGAGAAAAGUAAAACAGAAUACAGAUGAAGAAUUAAAAAUUAAGGCAGACAAUAUAGUUAAAAUUUUAGGACUUACCUGGGUUCCACGUGCAGAUAUAUUUCAGUAUUCAGUUGAUCUUCCUCCAUUAACCGAACCACUCACAAAAAGAAAGGUUAUAUCGGAUAUUUCUCGUCUAUUCGAUCCUUUGGGAUGGUUAGCACCCAGUAUUAUAUUAGCAAAAGUAUUGAUACAAAAGCUGUGGUUAGCGGGUAUUGAUUGGGAUCAGGCGGUCCCAAAAGAUUUAUUAUCAGAAUGGAUAACUUAUCGUAAUAAUUUGAAUUCAUUAAGCGAUAUUAAGAUUCCUCGUUGGAUUGCAACAAUUUCGAGCAAUGACAAUGUAGAAUUGCAUGGUUUUUCGGACGCUUCCAAAAUCGCAUAUGCUGCAGUAGUGUAUACAAGAGUGACAAAUUCAGCUGGCGAAAUUAAUGUCCAUUUAGUUGCUUCAAAGACGAAGGUAGCGCCUAUAAAACAAGUGUCAAUACCUAGGUUAGAAUUGUGUGGAGCGACACUCUUGGCCAAAUUGUUAACAGAAGUUGCAGAAGUUAUGAAUAUACCACAUGCUAAUAUACAUGCUUGGACUGAUUCAGAAGUUGUGCUUGCAUGGCUAAAUAGUUACCCAUGCCGAUGGAAAACAUUCGUGGCCAAUAGGGUAUCGGAGAUCUUAGUUACAUUGGACACGCAUCAUUGGUCACACGUUUCGUCGAAGGAAAACCCAGCAGAUUGCGCAUCAAGAGGAGUAUCUCCUGUUGAACUAGGAAAAAAUGAGAUGUGGUUUCAUGGACCUAGAUUUCUUAAAGAACUUACGAUAAAAUAUAGAAAACCUGAUACUUCUACUAACUUAGAGGAGAUCAAAACACACACAACGACAUUUGAUUCUGAUUUGUGGAACAAAUAUUCGUCAUUGACUAGAUUGCUUCGAGUAAUAGCUUACUGCAGAAGAUUUUUAUAUCUUCGCAAGGGGAAUAAACAUCCAGAUAGUCAACAUCUUUCAACCGGUGAAUUAGAAGAAGCGCUAGAGAUAUGUAUUAAAAGAAGUCAAGAAGAAGGUUUUCCUGAAGAAAAGGGAUAUUUAAAAAUGAAUAAAGAAUUUAAACCAAAUAAGAGGAAUAUUAAAUCACUGAACCUAUUUAUAGAUUCCAAGGACAUUAUACGAGUUGGCGAUGCACAUCAAAAAACAUUACACGGUGGUCCUCAAUUAAUGCUGGCUUAUUUGAGAACUAAAUAUUGGAUUUUGGGUGUUAAACAUUUAGUCAAGGCUUGUGUAAGAAAUUGUGUAAAGUGUAUUCGAUAUUCUGCUAAGGCUAGAACCCAGCUGAUGGGGCAGUUACCAUCUUCUCGGUGGAUGAGGCUGGAGUCAAUGAACGAGAUCGAGGACUUAGAGGAAGUGACCUAG